AUGAAAAUUUUUUCCAUAAAAAAUUGUAUCGUUAUUUCUUCAUUGAAAUGUUAUUCUGCUGCAUACGAUUUUUCACCGAGUCCUGGGAGCGAAGAACGUCACCAAAUAACAAUCGGAGUUGGAAAAAGAAAACAACGAAGGUACCGUACAACAUUUACAAACUUCCAAUUAGAAGAAUUAGAACGCGCGUUUCAAAAAACGCAUUAUCCAGAUGUCUUCUUCCGUGAAGAGCUGGCAUUGAGAAUACAGUUAACUGAAGCUAGAGUCCAGAUAAAAUAG